ACUUACUGCAAAUGUUAAGAAGGAGCAAAGUAGAGAAGCUGUUGGUACUACCAGACCACAUAUGAGGACAGCACUGGAGGAUAAGUUAGGGAGAAAGAAUUUACUGGUAUUCCACUUCAAGCUCGAAUGUUGGCUGAAGCCUUUCAAGAAACACAAGAAGGAAAAGAGUGGGAAGGAUAGGGGAGAAAAAGAACUGGAAUUAUCGAUGAAAUUAUUGAAGAGGCAGCAGCUUCUCAAAAUCUACAAGGACAAAAAGAUUCUAACGCAAGCAGAUUAUCAAGUUAUUCGAGCCUUCAUUGAAGGUCAAUUAGAAAGGAAUGAAUUACCAGAUAAUAGUCUAAAAUAUUAUGGAAAUUUGAUUAAUAAAUUAACCCCAUGGUUAGCUUCAUGGCAAACAUCAUUCCGAAACAAUUUUUGUAAUAAGGGUGGGGAAACAGCUUUGCAUGUGGCUUUUAGAGAAGGUAAUGUAAAGGUUAAGAGUUUUAUAUUAAAUAGCCUUAAGGAACAUCCAAGAACUCUCAAGAAAUUGAUUAAUGCUAAAGACAAUUAUGGCGAAACAGUGCUGCACAGGGCUGCUGAAUCUGAUAAGUGGGAUGUAGUCAAAUUGCUGGUAAAUAAAGGCGCUGAUGUUAAUGCUAAAAAUAGGUAUGGCAGUACAGUGCUGCACUUUGCUGCUAAAUCUGAUAAGUGGGAUGUGGUCAAAUGGCUGGUAGAACAAGGAGCUGAUGUUAAUGCUAAAGACAAGGAUGGCGAAACAGUGCUGUACUGGGCUGCUAGGGAUGAUAAUUGGGAGGUGGUCAAAUUGCUGGUAAAUAAAGGAGCUGAUGUUAAUGCCAAGCUGUACUGGGCUGUUCGGGAGGGUAAGUGGGAUGUAGUAAAAUUGCUGGUAAAUAAAGGAGCUGAUGUUAAUGCCAAGGACAGCUUGUAUAUAACAGUGCUGUACUGGGCUGCUCGGGAGGAUAAGUGGGAUGUAGUCAAAUGGCUGGUAAAUAAAGGAGCUGAUGUUAAUGCUAAAGGUAAUUAUGGCGAAACAGUGCUGCACCAGGCUACUAAAUCUGGUCAGUUAGAUGUGGCCAAAUGGCUGGUAGAACAAGAAGCUGAUGUUAAUGCCAAGGACAACUUGUAUAUAACAGUACUGUACUGGGCUGCUUGGGAUGGUAAGUGGGAUGUAGUCAAAUUGCUGGUGGAGGAGAAAGGUGCUGAUGUUAAUAGUCUUACUCGUGAGCAAAAAGAGAGAUUAUUAGAUAAUGCUAAACAAUAUGGUUGGCAAAAUAUUGUAGAUAAGCUAAGUGUUGUAGGUAUACAACAAAUCCAGUCUCAAUCAAAGCAACAAAAAGCAUUCCUACAUCUUGGAAAGUACGUCUCACAUCACUUUUUUACAGUCAAAAUAGAAGCAAUAAAGCAAGGACUAUAUUUACCAGUAUUUGAAUCUAGAGGAGUUAAGAUUAACGGUAAAUGUGCUUCAAUUACUAGGGCUGUUUCUCAGCUCUUGUUCUUGAAGGACGCAUCGUUAAACUUCCAGCAACUAUUUCUUUCUAAUCUCCAGGUUGCAGCAGAGCUUUACGAAAGAUUAGCUCAAGGUAAACAAAUAUCAAGCAGAGAAGAGAAGGAGAUAUUUGCCUUAAGUUCUAAUCGUGAGGUCAAGAACGCUAAGCAAGUGCAAGAGUUGCUUCUUUCCGACCAAGGUAUUCAUCUAUUGAUGCCUCAAAAGCAGUGCAAGGGUCGAAGGAAUGGCGAGAUAGUAUUGCCGGAGCAGCAUUUGCCGGAAGUUCAG